AUGGCUAUCACAAGAGCCACCGGCAGCGUUACGACCAGCUCCAGUGCAAAAACGGAAGAGAAAGAGGACACGCAUUCUGAGAGCGAUCAAAGAGUAUUGGAAGCCAUCAGACAAUACAGUACCACCACGCGACCCAGUACAAUCGUGGGCACGGCCGUCAGUAGUGCCACCACCUCCAAUGCGAGCCUCAGGACGACCCCCAGUGCGAACCCCGGUGCAACGAAAGCAGAAGAAAAAGAGAUCAGUUCUAAAAGCGAUCCACGAUUAUUGGAGGCCUCCUCCACCUUGAUUGCUCGAAAAUCUGAAGAGCAGGAUCAGUAUGCGGGGCCUGGGGAUGGAUACAUGCAGAUGCAAGUUAUUGGGAGCGCAAGAAACGCUACACAUGUUGGUCCUGAAGUGGGAAACUUUGCAAGUGAAGAUCCAUUGUCAAGUUCGUCAAGCUCUACCAUAAUGGUGGAGACUACGUCGUCUGCUAGUGCAUCGAUAUCUCAUAACGACUUACCUUCAAAGUCAAGGACGAUGAUGGCUACUGUGCUGCCAGACUCAAUCUCUACACUUAGCAUUCGAAAUUGUGAGAAUGAAUCUGACGAACCCUCACAAGCUGGUCGUGUAACGACAGGCUCUGUAUCUCUUGCUCAAUUUCCCUCAAAUGGUUUUAGCUCAUCCGCUCAAGGUGGCCGUGUAGCUCCAGCUUCCCUUGGUAUGAUGCUCGCGGUAUUCGACCGGCCUGCCAGUAGCGAAAACUUUAACACAUCGAAUCGAGCUCGACCUUUGAUAAUGGAUAGAAUCAUGGCUUUCGCUGAUGUGCACUCCCGAGAAAACUUGAGAGAAGCAGUAUCAACUCUCCAAGAGCCGAAAGAGGGACACUCCGAUACGGAUGAGGAAGAAAAUAAGGAGCCAAGUUCAGGUUCAAGUUGCGAAAGUCAUGAGGAAAGCAGCGAGGAAGGCGAGACGUCGUCAAGUGAUUAUGAUUGUCCUGGAUCAGAGACUGGCUGUCGUCGUCAACGGACACCGGAAGAUCGGCAAGAUGAAAAAGAUUCGGGAUCUGGGGGAGGUCGUGAUCACAACCCAGGUAAUGGGAAUAGGGAUGAAGAUACACAAUCACCAGAUCAAUCGGGUAUUGUUACACUAUCCACGCAAGAGACCAAUGAUAAGAGCAGGGGCACACUUACGAAAUUGGAGGCGGAUAACAAUAUUGAAAAACUUCAUGCCGACUGCUGGGGCUUGAAUUCCCUUGGAGGAAAAGGACAGAAAAAAAGACAAAGACGUGGUAACACUACUUCGGUUUUCUUUGGGGGUGGUUUUCGGAGUUUGGGUCUUGGUGUCGCUGCUCAUGCAUCCAAUGGAAAGAGAAGGAAGAUCGGUGAGAAGAGCAGAAAAGAGAAAGGUGUGGAAAUAGAUGAUGCUGAUGAUGCUGAUAAUGAAGACUCUGAUUCUGAUAAGGAUGAUGAAGGCUCUGCUUGUAAUGUUACAUUUUACGGCUUCAAGGAAGUCCUGAUGAAUUGGGAUAGGUUGGAGUGUACGAGAAGAUAUUGA